AGGAUCUCCAACCGACCACAGACCCCACAAAGAUGGGGCUUGGACGCUCCAUUGCCGUGCUGACGUCAGGAGGGGACGCCCAAGGUAUGAACGCUGCUGUGAGAGCCACAGUCAGAGUCGGCCUCUACACCGGAGCCAAAGUCUUCUUUGUGCAUGAGGGCUACCAGGGUCUCGUGGAUGGAGGAGACCACAUUCGCCCCGCCACAUGGGAGAGCGUGUCCAUGAUGCUUCAGCUGGGAGGUACAGUCAUAGGCAGUGCCCGCUGCAAGGACUUCCGCAGCAGAGAGGGUCGUAUGAUGGCAGCUCGCAACCUAGUCAAGCUGGGCAUCACCAACCUGUGUGUGAUCGGAGGCGAUGGCAGUCUGACUGGAGCCAACCAGUUCAGGACUGAGUGGAGCGGACUGCUGGUUGACCUCGUCCGAGCUGGUAAGAUUACAGAAGAAGAAGCCAAGAAAUCUUCCCACCUGAACAUCGUAGGUAUGGUGGGCUCCAUCGACAAUGACUUCUGUGGCACCGACAUGACCAUUGGCACUGACUCCGCCCUGCACCGCAUCAUCGAGGUGGUGGAUGCCAUUACUACAACUGCACAGAGCCACCAGAGGACGUUUAUCCUGGAAGUAAUGGGCAGACACUGUGGGUACCUCGCCCUGGUGACCGCUCUGUCCUGUGGUGCAGACUGGGUGUUCAUUCCAGAGAUGCCACCAGAUGAAGGCUGGGAGAACCACUUGUGCAGGAGGCUGACAGACCAAAGGGCCAGAGGUUCUCGUCUGAAUGUGAUCAUUGUGGCUGAGGGUGCAAUCGGCAGGGAUGGCAAACCCAUUACAUCUGACCAGAUCAAAAAGCUGGUGACUGACAGGCUCGGCUUUGAUACUCGCACCACUAUUCUUGGACACGUACAGAGAGGAGGAACACCCUCCGCCUUCGACAGAAUCCUGGGCAGCAGGAUGGGUGUGGAGGCGGUGAUGGCACUGCUGGAGGCCACUCCAGACACCCCUGCCUGUGUGGUGAGCCUUUCCGGGAACCAGGCAGUUAGGCUACCACUCAUGGAGUGUGUGCAAGUGACCAAAGAUGUGACUGCCGCCAUGGCUGAAGGCAGAUUUGAGGAUGCCCUCAAGCUCAGAGGAAAGAGUUUUGAGAACAACUGGAACACAUACAAGCUGCUGGCUCACAUCAACCCCCCUGAUACUAAGAGCAACAUCAAUGUGGCAAUCGUGAACGUCGGUGCUCCCUGCGCUGGUAUGAACGCUGCCGUCCGUGCAGCAGUCAGGAUGGGCAUCAUCCAGGGUCACUCCAUGUUGGCUGUCCAUGACGGCUUUUAUGGUCUGGCCGAAGGACAGAUUGAGCCUAUCACCUGGAAUUCAGUAAGUGGCUGGACAGGAAAAGGAGGCUCAAUGUUGGGCACCAAGAGAACUCUGCCAGGAAAAAUACUGGAGGAGAUCAGCCUGAACAUUGCCAAGUUCAACAUUCACGCUUUGGUGAUCAUUGGUGGAUUUGAGGCCUAUGUGGGAGGCCUGGAGCUGGUCCAGGCCAGAGAGAAGUACGAGGAGAUGUGCAUUCCCAUGGUGGUAAUCCCUGCCACCGUCUCCAACAACGUCCCCGGCUCUGACUUCAGCAUCGGCGCUGACACUGCCCUCAACACCAUCACCUCUACCUGUGACAGAAUCAAGCAGUCUGCAGCAGGGACCAAGCGCCGCGUGUUCAUCGUUGAGACUAUGGGUGGAUACUGCGGCUACUUGGCCACCAUGGCCGGGCUGGCUGCUGGGGCUGACGCUGCCUACAUCUUUGAGGAGAAAUUCAACAUUAAAGACCUGGGGAUGAACGUGAGGCAUCUCGUGGAGAAGAUGAAGACCACGGUGAAGAGAGGUUUGAUUCUCAGGAAUGAGAACUGUAACGCCAACUACACCACUGACUUUGUCUUCAACCUGUACUCCGAGGAGGGCAAAGGCAUCUUCGACUGCCGUAAGAAUGUUCUGGGUCACAUGCAGCAGGGAGGCACUCCAACACCCUUCGACAGAAAUUUUGGCACAAAGAUGGGUGCCAAGUCUGUUAUGUGGCUGACUGAGAAACUCAAGGAGUGCUACAGGCAUGGUCGUAUCUUCGCCAACACACCAGACUCUGCCUGUGUGCUGGGCAUGAGGAAGCGGGCGCUCACCUUCCAGCCUCUUGCUGACCUGAAGGAAGACACAGACUUUGAGCACCGCAUCCCUAAGACACAGUGGUGGCUGAAGAUCAGGCCCAUCAUGAAGAUCCUGGCCAAGUAUGACAUCAUACUAGACACAUCCGAACACGCCGACAUGGAGCACGUGAUCAAGAAGAGGAGUCCUCUCGGGAAAUAGACUUAGUCUAUUUCUUUAUAAAGUAUUUUUCUUGUCCAGCUACCUGUCUACAUGCCUCGGUAAAAGAGCUGCUAUCUCUUUUGAAUCUUGUAUGUGGUCUUUCUCAUAGAAUUCUGUGUCUUGUAGCUCCUCAAACUUUCAGGAAAUCAAGUAACCAAUUAAAGAUACAUUUAAA